CAUCGGUAGCUGAUCUUCUUCCGGCGCAGUGCGGCCAAAUAAGUUUCGAAUACAUAUCGCAGCCACCUGUACUAUCUGCUGCAGCCUCCGGUAUUUUUUAUUUAGUAUUAUUUAUUAUAACCUAGCUUUCCAUCAUGAUGCGGAACUUCUGCCUUUUAGGAUUUCUUGCUAUCCUUGGAAGUGUCAGCGCUCAAGAUGCUUGCGCGGCACCAGCCACGCUGACGGCUGCCAGUGGCUUAAUCCAGACCAACAACCCCUACGCCAACAGCCAGAAAUGCCGGUGGAUUGUCAAUGGAGCUGCUGGCAAAAUAAUUGAAAUGGAAUUCGGGCGCUUCGGUAUGGAAUCCUCUUCGAGCUGCAAUUACGACUACGUGGUGAUCCACGACAGCGAUGUGGACACCGUCCUCAGCCGGCCGGCCUGCUCCUCCCUGAAUAAUGCCCGCCCCAAUAAGAUCGGACCCUUCUGCGGUAACAACCGGCCAAACGCCAUUCUUACCGCCGGCAACCGCGCCGUAGUGGAGUUCUGUUCCGACUCCAGCCAGACUGGACCCGGUUUCGAGAUCCGCUACAAACAGGUCACUCCUCCGCCGCCGACUGCCGCCCCGCCCACCGGCAACACCUGUAACGAAGUGGUCGUUGUCGACGGCCGCCACACCCUGGCGCACUUUGGUAACGCCGGCUACCAGCCUUUCCUCAAGUGCAGCUACAGCUACACUUCCAAGAACGGCAAGGCCCUUAAGGUCAACAGUCAACAAUUCAACAUGGAAGGCAUCAUAGGGUGCCGCUACGACCGGGUCAGCCUUUUCGACGGCGAUAAUAGUGGAGCAGCGUCGUUGGGCAUUUUCUGCGGCACCAACGGACCGAAGAACGUCCGCACCACUGGCAGUCAACUGCACAUUACCUUCGUUUCAGACGAGUACACCAACGGAAAGGGAUUCGUCCUCACCAUUGAAGAAAGCUGCUUCGGAGACCAUUUGUGCGGCAAAGACGCUUCCGGUGAAGGUGCUGAUGUUUGCUACAGUGACCGGCAAAUCUGCGACGGACAAAAUAACUGCCCAAUUAACGGUGAAGACGAGAGUGCUUGUGCUGCGGACUGUGGUGGAUACGACGGAUGGAAUGCCGGUGAUCCUUUCCCCGGAGCAGCGGCCAUCACGCAUGUCGACGGCCAAAUCCACUGCGGAGGCGCGUUGAUUAAUAGCCAGUUCGUCUUGACCACCGCCCACUGUUUCCAUCGAUUGGACGACCGGCCAGAGCGCUUUGUAGUCAAGCUGGGCGCAUCUCGCCUAAGUGAUGCCUAUGUCAGCCAGAUCGACGCCAUCACUGUCCACCCGCUGUUCAACCCUAAGACGCUGGCCAACAACUUGGCUCUGGUUAAACUGCGCAAACCGGCUCCCCUCCAGUCAUCCAUUUCUCCCUUCUGCCUGCCGCUGACCAGUGAGACGAGCACUCUGGCCGAGGGCAGCCAGUGCUACACGCUGGGUUGGGGACGCACGAACUGGGCCUCACAGACCAGUUACGCUACCUCCGUCAAACAGAUCACGGCUACCGUGCUGAACAACAGCAGGUGCAAGUGGUCGACUUCGCCGGUGGUGGUGGACACCAGCAGCAUCUGCGCGUCCACCAGCGGUGGCCAGCUCUGCUACGGCGACAACGGCGCGCCUCUGGUUUGCAAGCACCGAAACGGCAAGUGGCAGUUGUACGGCGUCAACUCUGUGUCCUUCGGUUGCACAGGCACCGCCACCACGCCCAGCCAGUUUGUCAAGGUGUCGUCAUUCGCCUCCUGGAUUACUCAGACUGCUUUCUAACUCCACCGAAGCUUCUCCAAUGCAUUGAUAUUUCGCACGAUCUUGUAGUCUGUAAACUUCAUACUACUCCAAUCAUAGCCUGUUCUUAUGAAAUGUAUCUAAUAAUCUUCUCAAGAAACUCAACAUCCAUUACUUGCGAUCGUCUCUUAAAUAAAUGUGUAAGACGUUCUCAGUGUCUGCUCGUGCAGUAAUAGUAAAACCAAAUGGCCGGCCAUCAGCAACGAAGUAUAAUUAAUUGCUGAUUUUCGGUAAUAUUCUCUGUUAAAUUCUCCUUUUGCAAGCUAAACUGACAAUGGGUUAAGUUGAUUAACUGCAAAUAUUUAUCUGUUGAUUAAUUGUGAUUGUUCAUCAUGACACUGGCUACAGUUUCUUGUAUUAAUUGUACAAAAUAGUCUGGGUGACUGGU